GCGACUUCCGUGCUGCUCUGAACAUGGCGGCGCUGAGCGGUGUCCGCUGGUUGACCCGAGGGGUGGUCGCCUCCCGGUUCCCUGGGGCAUGGAGAGGUCUGAGUACCACGGCCGUCGCGCCUGCUGCUUCCAAGAAUCAGGCCGCAGACAUGAGAGUGGAGGGUGCCUUUCCUGUGACCAUGCUGCCGGGAGACGGCGUGGGGCCCGAGCUCAUGCACGCAGUCAAGGAGGUGUUCAAGGCUGCUGAUGUCCCAGUGGAGUUCCAGGAGCAUCAUCUGAGUGAAGUGCAGAAUAUGGCUUCGGAGGAGAAGCUGGAGCAGGUGUUAAGUUCCAUGAGGGUGAACAAGGUUGCCAUUAUAGGGAAGAUCCAUACCCCGAUGGAAUAUAAGGGGGAACUUACCUCCUAUGGUAUGCGGCUGAGGCGUAAGUUGGACUUAUUUGCCAAUGUUGUCCAUGUGAAAUCACUUCCUGGGUACCCGACUCGGCACAACAAUCUAGACCUGGUGAUCAUUCGAGAACAGACGGAAGGAGAGUAUAGCUCUCUGGAACAUGAGAGUGCAAAGGGAGUGAUUGAGUGCCUGAAGAUUGUCACUCGAAGCAAGUCUCAGCGGAUUGCGAAAUUUGCCUUUGACUAUGCCACCAAGAAGGGCCGUGAGAAGGUUACAGCUGUCCACAAGGCCAACAUCAUGAAACUUGGAGAUGGAUUGUUUCUGCAAUGCUGUGAGGAAAUUGCUGAACUGUACCCCAAAAUCAAGUUUGAGACAAUGAUCAUUGACAACUGUUGCAUGCAGCUAGUACAGAAUCCUUACCAGUUUGAUGUACUUGUGAUGCCCAAUCUCUAUGGAAACAUCAUUGAUAAUUUGGCUGCUGGUCUUGUUGGGGGAGCUGGUGUGGUCCCCGGUGAGAGCUACAGUGCAGAGUAUGCAGUUUUUGAGACGGGUGCCCGGCACCCAUUUGCUCAAGCAGUGGGCAGGAACAUAGCCAACCCCACGGCCAUGCUGCUGUCAGCUUCCAACAUGCUGCGGCAUCUCAAUCUUGAAUAUCACUCCACUGUGAUAGCAGAUGCCGUGAAGAAGGUGAUCAAAGUUGGCAAGGUGCGGACUCGAGACAUGGGCGGCUACAGCACCACAACUGACUUCAUCAAGUCCGUCAUCAGCCACCUGAACCCCCAGCAUGGGGGGUAGAGCCCUUUAUUCCCUCCAACUUCACAAGGACCAUGCUACCCUUCAGCAGUGGACCAGGAAAGGAGACCUGGAACCUCUAGACAGUGGACCAUAAUUGCUUUUAUAGGGGACCUAGGUUGUCCUGGCUGGCUUCUUUAGGGAAUUGUGUUGGUUGGUGGUGGGUGGAUUUUGUUAGGUAGGGCCCCACCUCUAACAAGGUAUCAAGAUCAUGGCAAUUUUUCCCCACAGGUCCGAACUUCUGACAUGGGUGGCUAUGCUACUUGCAUUGACUUCACUGAUGCUGUCAUUGCUGCCCUGCCUCAGUCCUAGGUCAUGCUCAUACCUGUUAAAUAAA